AUGAGUUUUCAAGGGUAUGUUGACUCUAGUCUUAUCGCGACUGGCAAUAUCGACAAAGCCGCUAUAUUUUCAGGAGUGGGUGACAGUGUAUGGGGGACCAGUACUGGUUUCAGCGCUACGCCUCAGGAGUUGCAGAGCAUUAUAGAGGGGCUUAGCGAUGCGGGUCCUCUACAUGAUAAUGGGCUUUAUCUCAAUGGGCAGAAGUAUCUGGUGACCUCGGCAGACAGAAAGUCUCUUCAAGCUAAGAAGGACCAUGAGGGCGUGUAUGUGUUCAAAACGAAUCAGGCUCUUAUACUGGCGCAUAGUCCUGAGGGGGUGGCACAUGAGGCGGCUGCAAGUGUGACCAAACAGCUAGGAGACUAUUUAACCGGGAUGGGACAGUGA